CCAAGAGAGAAUAAAAAAGAAGUUUCUAAAGAAUCUCUCUGACGGUUACGGCUAUGGCGGCGACGAAUCCACAACAACAAGAGGCUGUUUCCGAUGACUUCGACUACGAAAUCUGGGCUCCAACCACGAAAGCUACACUAAUCGAUCAAGGACUCUGGGAUGUUGUCGAGAACGGAGUCCCACCUGAUCCAUCGAAGAUUCUAGAGUCAGCGGCGAAGAUCAAACCCGAAGAGCUUUCACAAUGGAGAGAUCUCGUUGUCAAAGACACAAAAGCGCUUCAGAUUUUGCAAUCUUCUCUCCCGGAAUCGACUUUCAGAAAGACUCUCUCUGCUUCUUCAGCCAAAGACGUUUGGGAUCUGCUUCUUAAAGGUAAAGAACAAGCGAUGAUACGUAGGUUAGAGAAGCAGUUCGAAGAAGCUAAAAAGGGUGAAACAGAGUCGUUUGAUUCAUUCUUAGAUAGGGUUUUGGAAAUCACUGAUCAGUUGCGUGGUUUGAGUAUUGAGAAAUCCGAUUACGUGAUUUGCAAGAAGCUGUUCGCCUCGCUUCCAGAGUCGUGCGAUGGUGUUCAUUCGAUGUUGGAGGAGAUCAUGAACGUGCAUCACGUGUCUGCUGCGAGUCUUGUUCAGUAUUUCUAUAUUAAUGGAUUCAAGUUUGAUUCAGUGAACGAGGAGAUUCUCCUUGUAAUCCUGAAGAAUCUGAGGCUUAGAUCAGAGUCUAAGAAGUGGUGUGGCGUGUGCUUUAAGAUAGAUCACAACGAAGUAGAAUGCAACAGAUUAAUGCUUAAGAGAUUCGAGGAAGAAGAAGGAGCAUACGUUGAAGCUGAGUAUCGACUGUCAACGCCGGUGAGUUUGUCUGAGAAAACAUAUGAGGAGGAUAUAUGGGUGGCGUACCCUUGUGCCACAAGUCACAUGACUCCACAUGAGAAGUAUUUCAUUACUCUAGACAGGACACACAAAGCUGAGGUUGGAUUGGUUGAUGGAACACUUCUUAAGGUAGAAGGGAAAGGAAGUGUACAGAUCAGGAUGAAGGGAGGGAAGAAGAAGUCGAUCAAGAAUGUGAUUUUUGUUCCAGGGCUAAACAGAAACGUGUUGAGUAUUGAGAAGAUGGUAUCAAGACGCUACUCAUUCUCACAGGAACGUGAAGACGAAUGGAGUAUCUGCGAUCGGACUGGUCUUGAAUUUGGGGAUGCUGUGUUGUCGUCGGAUGAGAAUGGAUUUGUUAUGCGUUUGAAGGUGAUUGAAGGUAAUCUCACCUCGUGAUUUGAUGGAAGACUUUUAUAACUCGUGAGGUGGUGGGACGCAUAUGUCUUUAUUUGGUUUUCUGGUUUGGUUUUAAUAUGUUUUCAGUUUGUUCAUAUUCUGCUAUCUGCACUAUGAAUUGGUCUUGUGGUGUUUCAAAAACUAUUUUUGUUACUCACUAUGCAAUGCUUUUGUCAAGUUUUUUUUUUGUUUUUUUUUGUUAAUGGU